UGGAUCAUCGUACAACAGGUCCACCGCCACCACUGCGAACAAAUAAACGUUUUAAACCAAAACCCGCCCCUUGUAUCCAUUUCCAUCUCACUUACUACUGAACCGGCCACUUGUAUAUAAACUCUUCCCAUUUCCUUUCUUUCUAUUCACAAAACAAAAAAACAAAACAAACAAACAUCUCUUUCUCUAGCUUUCUUUUCUUUUCUUUUCUCAUCUCUACACCUGUCUCCACUCCUUCGCUAUGGACACAAACAUUGGAUCUAUUGACACCUUGAAACCCACAACAACUGACGUGUGCUGUCCAGCAAACGGCGCCGUUUGCACCCUCCAAAGCUCCACAGUCUCCCCAUCAUCGAUCGUCAGCUCGCCUGACUCCACUCUCGGCCGUCACUUGGCUCGCCGUCUUGUGCAAGUCGGUGUCACUGAUGUCUUCUCUGUUCCCGGUGACUUUAACCUCACUCUUCUUGAUCAUUUGAUUGCUGAGCCUGGACUUAACGUUAUUGGCUGUUGUAAUGAGCUCAAUGCUGGAUAUGCUGCUGAUGGUUACGCAAGAUCACGUGGUGUUGGUGCUUGUGUUGUUACUUUCACUGUUGGUGGAUUAAGUGUUCUCAAUGCUAUUGCUGGUGCUUACAGUGAAAACUUACCCGUUGUAUGUAUUGUUGGUGGACCUAACUCCAACGAUUAUGGGACUAACAGGAUCUUGCAUCAUACCAUUGGUCUGCCUGAUUUUAGUCAGGAGUUGAGGUGUUUCCAGCCUGUUACAUGCUUUCAGGCUAUUGUGAAUAAUUUGGAAGAUGCACAUGAGCUGAUUGAUACUGCUAUAUCAACUGCUUUGAAAGAAAGCAAGCCUGUUUAUCUCAGCAUUAGCUGUAACUUGUCAGCGAUCCCUCAUCCUACUUUUAGUCGCGAGCCAGUUCCAUUUUCACUCUCUCCCAGAUUGAGUAAUAAAAUUGGUUUGGAGGCUGCUGUUGAAGCAGCAGCGGAGUUUUUGAACAAAGCAGUGAAACCAGUUUUGGUUGGUGGGCCUAAACUGAGGGUUGCAAAGGCAUGUGAGGCCUUUGUUGAGUUAGCUGAUGCUUGUGGUUAUGCCCUUGCUGUGAUGCCAUCGGCUAAAGGGCUUGUGCCGGAACACCAUUCUCACUUCAUUGGUACUUAUUGGGGUGCAGUCAGCACUGCCUUCUGUGCUGAGAUUGUGGAAUCUGCAGAUGCUUACUUGUUCGCUGGACCCAUUUUCAAUGACUACAGCUCCGUUGGAUACUCUCUCCUUCUCAAGAAAGAGAAGUCAAUCAUCGUGCAGCCUGAUCGUGUGGUGAUUGGAAAUGGACCUGCAUUUGGAUGUGUUUUGAUGAAGGAUUUUCUUAAAGCCCUAGCAAAGAGGCUCAAGAACAAUACUACUGCUCAUGAGAACUACCGUAGAAUUUUUGUCCCUGAAGGGCAACCUUUGAAAAGUCAACCUAAAGAACCAUUGAGGGUUAAUGUUCUGUUCCAACAUAUACAGAAAAUGCUGUCUAGUGAAACUGCUGUGAUUGCAGAGACAGGGGACUCAUGGUUCAACUGUCAGAAGCUGAAAUUACCAAAGGGAUGCGGGUACGAAUUUCAAAUGCAGUAUGGAUCAAUUGGUUGGUCAGUUGGGGCAACUCUUGGGUAUGCUCAGGCGGUGCCUGAGAAACGUGUGAUUGCUUGUAUUGGAGAUGGUAGCUUUCAGGUGACUGCUCAAGAUGUGUCAACAAUGCUGCGAUGUGGACAAAAGACCAUCAUCUUCUUGAUCAAUAAUGGUGGGUAUACCAUUGAGGUUGAGAUCCACGAUGGUCCUUACAAUGUGAUAAAGAACUGGAACUACACUGGCUUGGUUGAUGCAAUUCACAAUGGUGAAGGCAAGUGCUGGACGGCCAAGGUCCAAUGCGAGGAAGAGCUGAUUGAAGCGAUUGAGACUGCGACAGAGUCGAAGAAAGAUUGCUUAUGCUUCAUUGAGGUUAUUGCUCACAAGGAUGAUACAAGCAAAGAACUGUUGGAAUGGGGCUCAAGGGUCUCUGCCGCCAAUAGCCGCCCACCAAACCCUCAGUAGAUUCCAAAGCUACAAGGUUGCAACAGUGAUAAAUCUUGAUUUCCUAUUUGAUAAAUGUCUGUGCUCUGUUGUUUCCUCGAGUACAUGAGUUGAAUUUGAUCAAGUUUGCGUAUUUAAUCUAGUUUCCAACAAAAAAAAAGAAAAAAUGUUUGCGUAUUCAACAGUUGUUUUUUGCUGAUUUCCGCGUAUAUACAAAUGGAAUUUGAUGA